CCCACAUCCAUACCGACCACUCUGCCUACUUCGGAGCCGACGCCCACGUUCUCGCCGACGGGCACCCCGACGACCGUGCCGACGCCGGUCCCAAUCUCCAAACCGACGCCGGGACCGUCAGCCGUGCCGACUCUCGUCCCGACCUCGUCGCCGUCGGCAAAGCCGACGUCCGAGCCGACGAAGUCGCCGACGAAGGUCCCGACCUCGGUGCCGACGGCGAGCCCGACGCCUUCGCCGUCGGCACCGCCGACCUCGGUGCCGACGUCGCCGACGUUUUUGCCAACUCCCCUCCCGAGCUCGGUGCCGACGUCGCGGCCGUCCGCCUUGCCGACGGCGUCCUGGUCGCCGUCGUUAUUGCCGACGUCCACGCCGACUGACAUGCCCCAGCGCUCGCCCGAACCUAGUGCUUUGCCGACCUCGAUCCCGACGAGCGCGCCGUCGUCGGCGUCGCCGACGUCCGUGCCGACGGGCAUCCCGACGCCGGGCCCGACCGUGUCGCCGACGCCCGCGCCUACCGUGCAGCCGACGAACGGCGACUGCCUCGAGAAGAUCACGGACUUCUGCCAGUGCACGUACGUGCUCUUCGAGGUCUCGCACACGCUCGCGCCGACGCCGGCGCCCACGACGGCGGUGCCCUCGCCGGGCCCGACGCCAAAGCCCACGCGGGUGCCGACGUCGGCGCCCACGAAGCGGCCCACGUACAAAGCGCCCGACGACCCCCUCCUGGCGCCGACGCCGAAGCCGACGCGCGUGCCGCGGCCCAGUCCGACCCCGGCCCCGACGAACGUGCCGACCUCGGUCCCGACAACGCCGCCGUCCCCCGAGCCGUCCGGCGUCCCGACGACGAUGCCGACGCCCCAACCGUCGGGCACGCCGACGGCAGCGCCGACGCUGCUGCCGACGCUCGUCCCGUCGUCCGUGCCGACGUCCCCGCCGACGUCCCAACCGUCGCCGGCGCCGUCAAAAACCCCGACGACCGUCCCGACGUCGGUCCCGACGACCGAACCUACUGCAUACCCGACCAGGACCCCGACGGCCAAGCCGACGUUUCCUCCGACGAGCGCUCCUUCGGCAAGCCCGACCUUCGACAGCCACGCCCCGACGCCCAUGCCGACGACGGCAGCGCCGACGGUGAAUCCGACGCUCGUCCCGACGUCCGUGCCGACGACCGAGCCGACGUCCGUGCCGACGACCGUGCCCACCGCGCAGCCGUCGCUCGAGCCCACGUGGCAAUCCCAACUUCCAACCAAAACCCCGACGUCCGUGCCGACGACCGAGCCGACGUCCCAGCCGACAGUCGCGCCGUCCGGCGUGCCGACGAGCGCGCCGACGUCCCGGCCGUCGCCUUCGCCGACGCUCGUCCCGACGCCGUCGCCCACCGCCAAGUGCCCGGCCAUGGCGUGGCUCGAGGGCGACAUGAGCGGCACCGGCGGGAACGGCGCGCGCACCGGCGGCGCCCUCGGCGACAACCUGGGGGGCCGAACCGAGGGCGAUGGGGCGCUCCUCAACGCGGAGGACAUCCGCGCCCAGGGCGGGCUCCUGGUCCUCGACCACAACAGGAAUUGGGGCAUCAAGGCCACGUGCUCGAACAACGCGGCCAAAAGUUGCGAGAGAGAUGAGGAUUGCGGUACCGGCAACACAUGCGAGGCCAACGGCUACGAGGGCGGCGCGGCGGCGUCGAGCGGCAUCGACGCCUGCUGCCGCUUCGUGCAGACGACGUGCCCGACGCCGCUGCCGUCGUCCGCGCCGACAUCGCCGCCGUCGCCGAGCCCGACGCUGCUGCCGUCGACGACCCCGACCAGCGUGCCGUCGAGCGUGCCCACGGUGCCGCCGUCGGAGACGCCGACGUCCGUCCCGACGGCCGAGCCCUCGGGAACCCCGACGAGGAUGCCGACGCCGCGACCGACGUUAUCGCGCUACCCCUCGCCCGUGCCGACGAUUCCCGCGCCCUCGCCCAUCCCGACGAGCGUGCCCACGCCCUGGCCGACGACGGCGAGCCCCUCCAAGAUCCCGACGCCCGCGCCCACGCCGGCGCCCACGCCGGCGCCGACGAGCUGCCGCUGCGUCGCGUACUACGGCGUCAACCGCGGCGUCGGCAACUUUGCGUUCCGCGACGACGGCCUCGUCUACGGCAGCCUGCCCGCGGUCAACCCGGCGUCGGAGCACUACGACCUCGCCUGGGCCGCCGGCGCCAUGUGCACCGGCACGCCGACAGCGGGCGGCACGUGUCCGGACUUUUCUACCUAUGCCGACUCGGAGAAGUCGGCCGCGAACUGCCCCGCCGGCUGCAACUACUACGCGCCGCUCACGGACGGCUUCAACUGGGACGACUACCUGGCGGCGCGGGAGCACUUCUCCACGAUAGCCACGAAGCAACAGGGCGCGGCCUCCUUCGCCGCGAAGAACGACUACGCGCCGCUGGGACCGGGCGCCGCUGGGAAGAACGGCGUGACUGCGAACACUGGGAACAUCACCGCGGCAGAGAGCGCGCUGCUGGACGGGGGAUCGACCCCCCCCAACAAGUACAACUACAACAUCACGGACAUGGACAAGCGGUGCAUCUACCGCAUGGAACCGGAGCCGUCGGCCGCGCCGACGCCCAAGCCGUCCAUCCCGCCGGGCGCGCCGGCGCCGACGCCCGCGCCGACGGUCACGCAGGCCGUCGUCGAGGUCUCGGCCGCGGUCGUGCUCACGGGCAUCGACCCCACCGACUUCAACUCCGACCCGCAGCAGGUCGAGGCCUUCGCGCAAACGAUCCUCGCGACCCUGCCCGCGGCGCUCGCGGGCGCCGAGGUCACGGACAUCCGAGCCAAGUCCGCGCGUCGGCGGCGACUCCAAGCGGGCAGCGUCGAAGUCGAGUACACGAUCGUCGUCCGACAGGACGCGGCUACCGUGUCAGACGGCGGCCAGAGCAUCUUCAGCGACAUUACGACGUCGCUUUCCGCGGCCGUGUCGAGCGGCGAGUUCCUCCAGACGCUCAUCGAAGAGGCGGCCGCGGCGGGCGGGUCCGCCGCGAUGGCGUUCAUGACGAUCGACGUCGACGUGACGGCGUCGACCGCGGCGAUCAGUUCGGCGACCCUGACGCUCGUCAUCACGACGCCGGCCCCCGUGGUGGCGACGCCGGCCCCCGUGGUGGCCCCGGCCGCCGCCGCCGCCGGCGGCGGCGGCGGCGGCGGCGGCGGCGGCGGCGGCAGCGACGGCGGCCUGCUGAUCAUCAUCAUCGUGGUCGUCGUCGUCGUCGUCAUCGGCGGCGGCGCGGCGGCUUUCUUGGUGAUGAAGAAGGGAGGCCGAGGCGCCGCCAAGAUCGAGGCGUCCCCGCACAACUAG